CAUUCAAUAGCCCUGGUGGUGACAGCCCAACAAAGAUCAAAGAUGAAUAAUGCAGCUGCUCCUUCAGCAAGCUUUGGGGGAGGGAAAUGUUGUUUUCCAGUGCAGCUGGCUAGCUGAGUAUUUUUAUCCUACUGUUAUAAAACAUUAAAUCACGUGUGUGUGUGUGUGGGGGGGGUGCAUGGUGUUUGCUUACUGCAUCCACAGGAUGUGGUGAUAUUUGUAUCCACUCCACUCUAUCUUAUAGGCAGAAAAGGUUGGAGUCCUUUGUUUAAGACUGUGGAAAAUGAUGUAAAAAAAAAAAAAGGUGCAACUUGCAAAUACUCUUUAAAAGGAAUAAUAAUGGGACCAGGCAUUCAAGAUUACCUCUUACUACUGCAGCGAGGGACGCUGAAAAAGGACAGCCAAAUCCAUGAAACCCACAAAGGAAUGGUAAUUUCCAGUGGUGGAAAGGGACAUCCAAGUACCAAAGGACUAGAGAAACCACUUCCCCAUGUGAGACCUUCUUCCAGCAGAUUAGGCAAAAGUAUUUUAAAUACCACGAAAAAGACUUUCCAUUGUGCCCAGGAUGAUAGUCAACCAAGUUUUCUUUACAAGGAAAGAAACAAGCUAGGUGAGGCUCAUCAGCAAAACAGAAUGAUGAGUGUUUGCACAUCACUGUACAAAGUACGAGGGGCAAAGAAGGACCUCAAGGAAAGAAAGCAAAGUGAAUCUGGACUAUGCAGAACCCCUUCCAAUUUGAAGGGGAAUUCACAAGGUGGCUCCAGUAGGGAAGAAGAUGGACUGAUGCAAAGAUUUUAUUCCAAUCAAAAAGGAGAAUCUCAAAGAAGUCUUGGAGAGCAUGUGACUGAAGCUGUCCCUUGCACUUCUAAACAUCCAGGGACCUCUGUGAAUGAGAUGCUUCUUGACUUUGAAUCAGUGAGAAUUAUUCAAGAGAAUGCUGCUGAGGACAGUGCCAGUGACCUUUCUGACUCAGAAAGAAUUCCCAUUCCCCCUUCCCCCUGCACACCGCCGGAACUCAACCUCCGAGCUGAAGAAAUUGACCCAGCAUGUUUUGAACACCUCUUUGAUGCGAGGUAUAAAGAAUCAAUGUAUUAUUAUCCUGACUUCCUCCCACCCCCUUUCAACUCCUGGGACCUGCAGCAGCUGGCAAUGUUUGUUAACACAGAGUGUAAAUCAGAAUCUCGACCACAGCCAGCAGGAUUUCUUGAGAAAUAUAUCGAUCGGCUUUUGCAGCUGGAGUGGCUGCAGGUGCAAACUAUACAGAAUGAGAAAGGAAAGACAGCCAAGGCUAGGCCUCAGACGGCUCCUACUAUCACUCGGACCCUAAAAAGCCCUGGCAAAGGCAAAUCAUUGCAUAGCCUUUUGCCUAACAAGCAGUUAACUCCCCAAGAAAGUGUUAUAAAGCUCCCCAUCAGCCUUUCAGGUCACAGAAGAGAUGUACACUGUGAAGAAAAUAGCCAGUUAAAUGCAUAUCCAAGUCACUCAAAAGUUGCUGAGGUGAUGGGUGGCACGUCAUCCCCACAGAGACGUGCCUAUGAAAUGAGGAAUGAGGUAAAAAAGAGGUCAACCACCAAGCAGCAACUUCUCAAUAUGCAGCCCUGUGCAAGCAGCUCUAAGAUUCAGGAUGUUGGUAUUCAGGAUGUUGGUAACAUUAGACCCCUCAAACACUCCCCCAAGUUCCAUAGUUCAGCUGCCCCCAUCCAGGGGAGAAACACACAGGCAUGUUCAAAUCUGAAGAAUGGAAAUGCUAAUAAUUAUGUUCCUUCCAAGAAACCAACAGGGGACCGGAAGUUAAAAACAAAUGGUGUGAAGCAAACAUCAUGUGCAUUUAAAUAAUGAAGAAUCAUUUAUUAGUAAUUUGGCAAUGCAAUGCUGACUGCUGGAGAGCAGAGGGGCCGUGGUUUUUCCAUCAGGAAAUCCUGUAGAAAAUUGUUCUUGAUGCAAAUUUCUGCACAUUGGAUCUUAAACUGGGCCAACAGGUAAUAUUUUUCUCUGAAGGCAAAUGUCUUCCACUGGUCUUUCCUCAAAGGGUUGACACUUGCUUAUGUAAGAGGAUUCUAUCUAUUAAGGUUAGGAAAACAUUAAAUGUCUGAUUUCUUGUCACACUGACACCCAUGUAACUUCACUGACUUCAGUGGAGUUACUCCUGAUUUACACUGGUGUAUGUGAGAGAAGAAUCAAAUCCAUACAUUCUCCAUUGAGCAGACACACAUGUGUGUCGUAUAAGGGGAAACAGAUUUGCUUUUCUUUCUGAUGGAGAAGAGCUUAGUUGAUUUUAAAAGAUAAUGGAACUGGCCAGGCUCAUCUAUGCAAAGUCAAAGUCUCUCAUUCAUGAGGGAAGAGCAGGAAAUCGGACUGUGAGGAGCAGAGAGAAGAGAAUGUUUUGAAGUAAUCUUCCGAGUCAGAAGAGAUUCUACUAGUUAAAAUCAUACCACUGCUAAAGGAUUGACAUCUGCUCAUCUAGGUACAGGCAAAGAAUAUGGCCUGGAUAUUUUUAUACAGCUACCUUUGUUGUAGUGUUAGACCGUUUUCCUUAAAGUCCACCUUGUAGGUCUUGCUGUUUUGUGUCAUUUAGAAGGUGACCCUCUUCACGUUUUGAACUAUUACCACUCAAGAAAGAGAUCUUGGAGUCAUCCUGGUUAGUUCUCUGAAAACAUCUGCUCAGUGUGCAGUGGCAGACAAAAAAGCUAAUAGAAUGGUAGGAACUGUUUGGAGAAGGACAGAUAAGACAGAAAAUAUCAUAAUGCCACUAUAUAAAUCCCUGGUACUCCCACACCUGGAAUACUGCAGUUCUGGUCACCUGUAACAGAGUGCACUCACCUCUCGUCAGUGCCCCCUUGGCCAAGUGCACACACUUGCACACUCUCGCUUUCUGAUAGUCCCUCCUCUGGGAUAGAGCAGCACCCCAGGGCUCCCACCCUGGAGACAAUGUCUUUGCCCUCUUGGGACUUCCUGGCUGCAGCUCUCCAUCUGGGUCACUAUAGUUCAGUUCCCCCUCUGGGGUGCCUCACUGUCCAGGCCACUUCCCCCCAGUGGCUGAUGGGGGAUGAGGUGGGGGGACCCAGGCUCACUCACUACUCCGGGUCCCAGCCCAGGAAUCCUGUAGAUCGCAGCCAUCUGCUGUGUCCCUUUAACUAUGUUGUAUGGCUUCUAUAAUUCCCUGGGCCACUUCCCCAUGCUGUCUUCACCUUUACCUCAGGGCCUUGUCCUAAUGGAGUCCCAGCAACCGGCUCAUAGCUCCUUCUCACUCUCCCCAACUUACGAUAGCGCUGCCCUGUCCGGGGUUCUGUAGCUUUGUCAGCCCACCACAUAUCACCCACACUCCUACAACUCCAGCAAGGAACUGAUCUCCCUCUGGCUCUGCAGCUCUUCUUAUACGAGGCUGCUGGGCCCUGACUGGUUGUAUCCCACACAUCCACUCUAGGCAGCUUGGAGGACCCUCUCCACUGCCCUUUUUUGGGGGCAGGGUGUGGCUGGGCCAUGAGGCCUCCAACAGGGGACCACAGAGGGUUUGGUAUAUCCCGUCACAUCAUCCCAUCUCAAAAAAAUUAUUUAGAAUUGGAAAAAGUACAGAGAACGACAACAAAAAUGAUUAAGGGUAUGGAACUACUUCCAUAUCAGAAGGACUAUAAAGACUGGAACUGUUCAGCUUAGAAAAGAGAUGACUAAGCGGGGGAUAUGAUAAACUUCUAUAAAAUCAUGAAUGGUGUGGAGAAAGUGCAUAACGAAGUGUUAUUUGCCCCUUCACAAACAAGAACCAGGGGUCACCCAGUGAAAUUAAUAGGCAGCAGAUUUAAAAUGAACAUAAGGAAGUAUUUCUUCCCACAGUGCACAGUCAGCCUGUGGAUCUCGUUGCCAGGGGAUGUUGUGAAGGCCAGAAGUAUAACUGGGUUCAAAAAAGAAUUAGAUAAAUUAAUGGAGGAUAGGCCCAUCCAUGGCCAGUAGCUAAGAACGUCAGGGACACAACCCUGUCCUCUGGGUGCCCUUAAGCUUCUGCCUAUCAGGAGCUGGGACUGGAUGACAGGGGAUGGAUCCCGUGAUAAUUGGCCUGUUCUGUUCAUUCCCUCUGAAGCUUCUGAUACUGGCCACUGUCAAGAGACAGGAUACUGGGCUAGAUGGGACUACAGAUCUGACCCUAUAUGGCCAUUCUUCUGUUCACUCUCUUGUGAUUGGGCCCUUUAUCUUGAAAGCUCCUGUUCAUUCUCAGCUCCUAGUGAUGGCAAUGGAGGUUGAAGUUACUGAAUAGUUUGCAGGACUGGGCCCACAAUGGUUUAGAGAAAAAAUGCAUCUCUUCCCUUUCCAGUAAAGAUAAGUUUGUUGUAAGACAACAGCCUGGUCUUGUCUACAUAAAAUCACAUUCUUACGUGUGACAAUAAUUGGAUUCAAACAACCCUUGAAAAUAUUUCCGCCCCCCCAACAUUGGAAGCAAAAUUAGGCCCAGUGGAGUAAUGUUACCAUUUCCCAGGAGCAGGAAUGAGUUAAAGCACAGCUAUUCCAGACUUCUCACUUCAAUCAGCUCCUCUUUCAUAGCUUUAAAAAGAGGAUGUGACUGUCAUGCUGGUGAGAGGUGAACUGACAGCCCUAGGGAAUGAAGCUAUUGGUCUACACAGCCUGGGCAGUGAGAGUGGCAGUCUUCCCCUUUCAGCCCUCCUCUCAAGGUCUGUCUCCACUGUGGUGAUUCAGUGUUUCAGACCAUUCUUCCCUCUCAUUGCUGGGGCUGCCAUUUGUGGUGGUGGCUUUCAUGACAUGGACACCUGUCCCUGGUAACUGGAGUCUGUCUUUUUCAUAUCUUUCUUUAGUGUGAUUUCUCCUACCUGGUCAGCCGGGAGAGAUGACAGUUGUCAGGAGCAAGGUAGCUGAAGAAUUAUGGUAAUUACACAUUUAUUUCAAUUUCUAGACCAAAGACACAGAAGUAACCAUUGCCCUAUACCUUUGAAGUUACUGUGUCUUGUGGCAUUGCUUUCCCUAGCUCUAAAGAAUUUCUUUGGCUAAAACAAAGUGAUCAGUGGAUAGAAACGAUGGAGGGUUUGGUGUAGCAUUUUUCUAGUCGAUCUGGGACAGCUGUAGAUUGAUUUUAUGGUUACUCCUUUCUUGUCCAGAAUGUCCCACAUAAAAUGGCUGAGGAAACCUUCAGGCUCAUAUGUAUGGCAUCUAUAAUGAUCUCUUAAGCCUUUUGUGUUGCCUGAACCUUUCCCCCCUCUCCCAAUCAUUUAUACUCAAGGCCCUUUUUCCAGCCUACUCGGAAAAUGUCUGAGAACCGGACAACUGGCUUAUGGCUCUGUUGCGAUUUCCUCUCCCUCUUCACACAAACUUUCUAGAUGAAACUUCUGUACUUUCUGAUCAGUUCCACAUCUCCUACAAGGUUUGAAGAAUAAGGAAAAAUGAUGGAUCCCAUUAGAUUGUGGCCUGAUUUUCGAAUGUGCUGAGCUCUGCAGCUCCCGUUGAAAAUCAGGCUACUGGGGAGAGGGUUUAACAUGAUGUGUUCUACAUGCUUUCUGCUGAAGCACUGAUACAUCUUUAGCCCCUUUUCAAUCGCUUACAUACAUCUCCACCUACAGUCCGUAGCACUGGCCUGCAGUCCACUCUACUUCACCUUGUUUGGGUUCCAAUUUCAGGAGUGGGUGAAAUGACUCCAUAUCAUGAAAUCUGCUGUAAUGUGAAUCUGCAGAAAGUAACUCUACAGCCAGGAUUGUGCACUGUUUCAGGACCAUAUUUGGGCUACAGUGUUUGUUUUGGGAGAGUGGAAUUCUGUGAAAGACAGGAAAGUAGAGAGAUUAGCGUAACAGCUACCAAAGAAUUGUAGGAUGAGAUCAUCAGCUGGUGUAAUUCCAAGCCCAGGAAAUGACACAGAUUUACGGCAGCUGAGGAUACAGCCCUGCCUUUUCAAAACAAAGGAAAAAAAUCUGAAAAAAGUUUGAUACUUAUUUUUAAAGAAGAAAAUAUUUAUAUAGCAGAUGCUAAACUUCUGCUCCAGGGACAAGCAUCAGAGCUGUUACUUGACAUGUGACUAAGUCAUGACUCUUCAGUAGCUCUUGCCUAUUAUGGUUUACAUUAAGAAGCUGUAAAUACAAGAGAACAAAUUAAGCUAUUUAAAUUAUGUUGCUAUUGGUUGAACUCGCUAUCUAAAAUGCUGAGUUGUUUCUUUUUUGACAUUGUGUGUUGCCUGACUUCAGCUCUGUAAACUUUUAUAGCAUGUAUUUAUAAGUACUUUGGAAAGAUGAAUGUUCAUAAAAGUAGUAAUAAAAUAGAAUAUUUUACGGUACAUUCCAAAUGAAGUCAUAUGCUCAGGAAUAGUUUGAGUGAUUUUUAAUGUUGUCUUCCUAGUCAACUCUAGGCCAAACAUGUGCAUCUCUGAUAGAAUGAUGGAAGAAAAAUCACUUUAAGAUAUCAUAGUCUUUCCAUUUUUAAUAAUCAAGCCAGGUUGCAAUUAUUUUUAAAACUACUGUAGUUGCAUGUCAUGACUGCAUGUAGUCAGCUAAGGUGAAGUGCCUGUGCCCAAAAAUCAAAUAAAUUGGCUUUAUUAGAGGGGGUACUACCAGCAAGCUGCAGUACAACCCUUGUAUCUGCUGGUCCAUCUUUUUUCAGAGCGAGCAUGACACUCCGCCUUUUGGCUUAAAGGGUCUUGAGUCCAAAGGGUGAGUUUCAUCCUUUGGGCCCAAUCCUGUAAACGUUCAUUUGUAUGAGUACUCCUUUACUCACAUGAGUAAUUCCCUGGAAGUCAGUGAAAGUACUCAAGAGUAAGGAUUACAUACAUGAGUGAAGGUGUGCAGGAGCAGGGCCAUAAUCAUUAAUACUUAUUUUAAAAGCCAAAUUCCAGUAAAACCAGGAAUCUGUCUUUCAGUGAGUAUUACGAGAAACAAGAUUCUCCUCUGAAAAGUGACUAUAUAAACUGCACUUAUUUGAUCGUUUGCAUACACAGUUACACAAGUUAAGUAUCCAGAUACAAGUUGGCACUGACAUUUUUAAAAGAAAAUUUGCUAUUAAAGUCCUUAGCUUUUAGCAUUGAGAUCAGUGUGGCAGUCUACACCUCUAAGAACCAUUUCAAUCUGCUUUAAACAGAGCUAUGGUAGUUUACGCUGGAAGGGCUGGAAAGCUUUGUUUUUAAAUGAAAGCUUGUAUUCCGUAGUAUCUGAAUCUGUCACAGGACGCCAAAUAAAUUCAUCAAGCAGGUAAGAAUGGUGAUGCCACUGGUGUAAGUCAUAACACUUGUUAAAUUACUGAACACCAGUUUGGCCUAAUAAACACAAAAGUCUGGUCUCCUGUUAUUCCUAGCAAAGCCUCCUUUCCCCAUUUAUAGAACUAAAGUGUUGUGUUUUCUCUAAACAACAAUUCUUACAUUAUUUAUUUUUAGCACCAUGUAAUGGAUCCAGACCAAAACAAACUAACAAAGCAAAUAUCCCCUUUAAGAAGGUCUCAGGGAAAGAAGCAAUCUUAACAGAGUUCAUAAGGUCCUUACCUCAGAUCCCUGGUUCAGAGCCUCCAAAGUUAGUAAGGAAACAAACUCUCUGGUCUUGCCCAAGAGGAGGCAUUGAGACCACAGCCUACAUAGCUUCUAACCCCCUUCAUCCUGCUCCAGUUCCUUUUCUUGUUUAAGUAACUCAACCCCAGGGCAGGGGGACCUUGAUUACACCCAAACUAGUUUGGUUGUAGGCUUCAGCCUGUUCCUUAAAGGCAUAAUGGUUCCUCCACAGACCAGCAGAUGGUGAGAUUUGGACUUUAUUCUCCAGCCCUUACUUGAAUUUGAUAUGGAAGCCAUUUUUUGUUUUCCACCUCUACUUCCAUUUUAGCUUGUGCACAUACUGGGCCUACGAUGAAUGCAAUCAUUUAUGCACAGGCUCAAAGUACACACUUCACUCAUUUUGUAUACAUUUUCCGGACUUUUCAUUCAGGGAUAUAGCCUUCAGGAUCACAAGUAGAAAAGGAACAGACCAGUUUUUAUUGAACUGAAUUUAUUGUGUUUGAUUUUAAAAUCAUUCCUGUUUUUUAUUGUUGUUACAUUAUGCUUAUGUUAAUGUCAAGAACACCUUUUGCAGAUAAUCUUAAAAUUCAAAGAUUUUUUUGAACAUCAAAUUUAUCAUGAUUUGGAAUAUUUUACUAAGGUGAUUUAUUACAAGUUUAGGGAACCCAAGGUUCUAGCUGUUUAUUUCCUUCUGAAAUGAAUAUUCUGAGGUUUCACUGUAAAUGUAGGGGGAGAUUCUGCUUCCAGGUAAACUGAUAUAAACCUACAAUAACGUCAUUAUCUUAAAUGGAGUUACUCUGAGUUCAAACUAAACAGAAUUUGGGCCCCAAAUAUUUUUAAGCACCAAACAUUUCCUUAUCUACAUUACCAAUAAUACCUCAAAUGAUUAACAUUUAAAAAUGUAAAACCAAUUUGCUUUUUUCUAUUUGUACAUGUGUUUUUUUUCCUGCAUUUCCCUCAUCUUGCGCAAUGAAAUUAACUUUUGCUUGUGGUCAGUUUCCCAUCAAUUUAACAUUGAUGUUCCAGUCUAGUAGUCCCUGCUUUUUAUUGUACUAGUGAAUUCAAAGCCUAACCCCUUUAUAUAAGUAUUAUGGUCCUGUUGAACCACUGCUACCCCUCUCCCAUCACAUGGGCAAGCUAACCAGCCGUGGAGGUCCAAAUCCCAAUCUUCCAAAAUUUAGCAUACUCUGGGAUUUGAAGUCCUCUAGAGUGUAAUGGACAUUGCAGGUUAGAGGGCACAGAGCUACAUGGGAGUGGGCAGUGGCAGUGCUUACUACAGAGUCUGGAGAUUAUCUUUAAAAUUGUCAGAGAAGAUUGAUGCUGGUCGUGGGGCUAGGGAGAAGAGGAAAUUGCUAACUGGCGCAAUGGAACUAUUUGGUACAUGGGUACAGUUGCCCAAAAAUGUUGGGAACCACUGACCUAGAUCACAGCUAACAAGAAUCACUUCAUAGAAUCAUAGAAUAUAAGGGUUGGAAGGGACCCCAGAAGGUCAUCUAGUCCAACCCCCCUGCUCGAAGCAGGACCAAAUCCCAGUUAAAUCAUCCCAGCCAGGGCUUUGUCAAGCCUGACCUUAAAAACCUCUAAGGAAGGAGAUUCUACCACCUCCCUAGGUAACGCAUUCCAGU